AUGCUGAUGACACAGACCGCAGUGCCGGCACUAUUCCAGGGUCAGAACAACAACUACAAUUCCCGCAAAAAGCCUUCGCGCGAAAACCUCAAUCACGACGCUACCAACUACUACCCUUCCCAACCGGCGUUGGACCCUUCCAGCGUCGGCCAAGCCUUCUCACCCUAUUCACAGGCCAUUACUUCCUCCUCCAUAAUGAACGGUAUUGCGGGCACUGCCCCGCCCGGUACCAUGUACGUCCGCGCCUUGUACGAUUACGAGGCCGACGACCGCACGAGUCUCAGUUUCCAUGAAGGAGACGUUAUUCAGGUUAUAACACAGCUGGAAAGCGGAUGGUGGGACGGCGUUAUCAACGGUGUACGCGGUUGGUUCCCGAGUAACUACUGUCAAAUCGUUACGAGUCCCGACGAAAUCCCCGAGCAUGACCAGAAUGGCGAUCUUGAUCAUGUUGACGAUGAGGAGGACAGUCAGGAGGUCUACGACGAGCAGCUGGAAGAAGAUGACGAGUCGGAACUGGACGACGCCAGCGGCCUUCCUCUCGAGGGUACGGAUCUCGGCGACAAAUCACGGGCCGACUUUUGGAUCCCGCAAGCAACCCCAGAUGGGCGCCUAUUCUACUACAAUAUGAUGACGGGCGAUCGGAGCAUGGAAUUGCCUUUGGAGUCUCCAGUAUCUACCAAUGAGACGGGACCCCGUAACCGGAUAAACGUCAGCGUCCCUGAGAAGACACGGCCACCACCAGAGAUGAUGGCUAGGGGCCUGACACAGGAUGAGGACGAAGACUCCGAAGCAAACUCCGCAUCCGAGUUGGAGGGAGAGUCUUUGAUGCUCGCAUCUCGUGGAUCUUUGCCUCGUAAUCGUCGGUCUCGUAGCGAAAUGCUCUCGCCCUCGACUUCGAUGGACUCCAUAAACGGUACCGCACCUGUCACCCGGCAGAAGGACGGCGCGUACCUGAACCCGAACUUGGCACCCAGCGCAACCCCAAUGAUUGCAUCAGCAACCUCGUUCACCAGCACUUCUUACAACACGCCGCCAACCAGCACCGUGCCUCGUUCCUUUUUCGACGAUGGCUCAGCGCCGCCGCUGACCUGGACUCGCCUGGUUUCCAACAUGCGCCGAGCCGUUGACCGUUACCGCGAUGCCAUUACGAGUGGCAACCGUUCCGAAUAUGUUGCGCGCGCAGAAGAUAUCUCAGACCACCUGAGACUACUGCUAGCUGCCGGAUCUGGCACGACCGAUAAUCACUCUGGCCAGCCUUCCAUUAUUUCCACGAACAAGGCUCUUUAUCCUCACUUCAGAGAUAUGAUGUCGAAAUUCUCGAAGCUCGUAAUCUCAUCUCACAUUGCUGCUGCUGACUGGCCCAACGCCGAAUCUGUACAGAAGUGUCUCCAAGAAGCCGAUGGAGUGCUACUCGGCGUUUUCAGUUAUGUCGAGAUUGCCCGUCAGCAACGAGGAGAGGAGAUCCCGCGCCUUUUCCCCGGAUUUGUCAUCGGAAGUUCUACUGGCGGCAGCUGGCAGAACAACGGACUGGGCACCCGCGAUCCCAUCACAGCGAAUUUCCUGGAAGACGAAGAGGGUGUGGUCGAGCCCACGGCAAUCCUAGAUGGCAAGCAGCUCGAGAGGCUGGACGAGCUCAAGCGGAUGCUUGUCUUCAGCAUAAGAGAACUGGACAAGAAUUUGGUUGUGGCGGACAAGAUCACUUCACCUUUCAAGCACGAAGUCAUCGGAAACAACGUUUGUUUGGCGGGAGGCAAGGUCUUGGAGACGUUUAAGCCCUGGAUUGCACUCAUCGAGUCUAUCGACCUUUCGUCUCUGGGCAACAGUUUCCAGACGCCCCAGUUGGCAGACUUCGCCGCCAACAAGCAGAGCCUAUACGACAACAUGUCAGACCUGCUGCUAGGUUGCCAGGCCGUGGCCGGGCCCCUGGCCGACGAAUGGGCCGAGGUUCGAGGCGAGGCUCUCGAGAACCGACUGGACUAUGUCCGACAAUGUGCCAAGGCCCUCGAGACGAAUUCCUCGCACAUCGGCUUUUCUCUGCAGCUGUUGUCUGAACAGGUGCAAAUUAACAUGCAGCAACAAGUCGACUCGAGACAGAGGGAAGACGUGAUGCAGCGUGAACAACUCCGCCGAGGAGAGACCACUCCGUACGACAGGCCCCAUCAGCGCACGGAAUCGCGAACGACUCCCGCAGCAUCGCGACCUCCAAUGAUCACCUCACAAUCCUUCACCGAGGGCGAGAGCACUGGCAACUUCCGAGGAGGCGACUACUCAAAGGUUAAGAAAAUUUUGGGUGACGACCCCAACCCUCAGAGCAACAUGCCUCCUGUCGAUGACACGCCGGAGUUCCUCAAGCUGGACCAUGAGCCAGAUCUUGCCUGGGACAAUAAGCUGACACCGCCCAUCGUUAAGGGUGGUACUUUGGAGGCACUCGUGGAGCAACUGACACGACAUGACAAGCUCGACUCGAGCUUCAACAACACGUUCCUGCUUACAUACAGGUCCUUCACGACCGCUCAAGAUCUUUUCAAACUGAUCGUGAAUCGCUUCGGCAUUCAACCACCAGAGGGUCUCUCUCAAUCGGACUUCGAGGCCUGGCGAGACAGGAAACAGAAACUCAUUCGCUUCCGAGUCGUCAACAUUCUGAAGAGUUGGUUCGAUAACUUCUGGAUGGAAGAGCACAACGAGGAAUCAAAGCAGCUCAUCCGAGAUGUUUACACCUUUGCUAGAGAUACCGUCAAGUCUACAGAGACACCAGGCUCUGCGCCACUAAUGGCAGUCCUGGAUCAACGGCUCAGUGGUCAACAAGCUGGAGCUCGUCGGAUGGUACAGACGCUCAACCAAAACACGCCAUCACCUAUUAUGCCUAAGAAUAUGAAAAAGCUCAAGUUCCUGGAUAUCGAUGUCACAGAGUUUGCUCGCCAGCUCAUCAGUGGUCAACAAGCUGGAGCUCGUCGGAUGGUACAGACGCUCAACCAAAACACGCCAUCACCUAUUAUGCCUAAGAAUAUGAAAAAGCUCAAGUUCCUGGAUAUCGAUGUCACAGAGUUUGCUCGCCAGCUCACCAUAAUUGAGUCAAGGCUUUAUGGGAAGAUUAAGCCCACAGAGUGUUUGAACAAGACAUGGCAAAAGAAGGUGGGCGAGGGAGAGCCGGAGCCGGCACCCAACGUCAAGGCUCUCAUUCUGCACUCCAACCAAAUGACCAAUUGGGUGGCGGAGAUGAUCUUGGCGCAGAUGGAUGUGAAGAAGCGUGUGAUUGUGAUCAAGCACUUUGUUUCUGUCGCAGAUAAAUGCCGUAGCCUCAACAACUUUUCCACACUAACCUCAAUCAUCUCAGCUCUCGGAACAGCGCCUAUUGCUCGCUUGAAGAGAACUUGGGAUCAAGUACCACAAAGAACUCAGGGUGUCUUGGAAACCAUGAGAAAGCUCAUGGCCAGCACAAAGAACUUUGGCGAGUACAGAGAGGCUUUGCACGUGGCCAACCCGCCUUGCAUUCCCUUCUUCGGUGUAUACCUUACCGACUUGACAUUCAUUGAGGACGGAAUCCCGUCCAUUAUUAAGAAGACGAAUCUCAUCAACUUUGCCAAGCGGGCAAAGACGGCGGAAGUGAUCCGUGACAUCCAACAGUACCAAGCUGUUGGCUACUCACUGCAGCCUGUCCCAGAGCUGCAAGAUUACAUAAUAAGUAAUAUGCAAGCUGCCGGAGACGUGCAUGAGAUGUACGACAAGAGCUUGCAAGUAGAACCACGCGAGCGCGAAGAUGAAAAGAUCGUAAGCAUGCAAGUGCUUGUUUGGCCCGUAUACGUGCAACAGGUUCUUCUAGGAGUUGCCCGUCCAUCUCCAGACCACCGGUUGGGAUAG